GUUUUAACAUGGUAUCAGAGCAAGGUUAACAACCUAAUCAUUCUGCUUCACUGGCGGGCGGCAGUCUCGUCUUGGCCGCCCGCCGGACCCCUACACACCGUCACGUCCGCACCAUCACGUCUGCCGUUAGACCGGAAGGAAACCCCAACCCGGACAAUUGACCCGACCCGACAGGAGACGGGUCAGCCUGCUCCCAGAACCCAUCCCUCUCAGUCACGGGCGGUUUCCAGGACCCGGUUUCAUUUCCAAACAAAUCAUAGGACACACUCAUGCUUACCCACCUCCUGGACUCGUCCUCCGCCUACCGACGCCGCCGUGGUGGAAGACCUGAGGCUCCGCUUGGCCGACACGGAGGCGCGUCUGGAGCGAGCCAGGGCCCGAGAGGCCGAUCUGAGCCGCCGUCUCGCCGAGAUGAAGCGCUUCGUCUCUGUCAUGGAGAUCCUCGAGACCUACCUCAAGCGACGCUUUCUCCGCCAACAACACCUCUCUCUGCUGGUACAACAAUGGAGUCGUCAUCAUCAUCAUCGUCUAGAACCAAAUCAAACAGAAAAAAAAAAAAAAAACCCCACAUGGCUGAUUCGCUGA